UGAUGCCCCAGCUCUCCUCAGCCCUUCGAUAGGUCACCACUGGGCCUGUGAUGAGCUGUGAGUGAUCAAUUGCUACGCGCAGCCGACGAGUUGAGUCUGGCUCUCCGGGCACAGGCUCUGCCAAAGCAGGAUUGCAUCCCCAGUUCUCAGCGGCUAGCGGCGCAAACCACGUUCUGGGACGUUGCUGCAUCGCUGUGAACCGCAUACAGCGCGUAACCUUGCGGGCGGACGGCGAAAGCGUGCCCACCUCACACAAGACAGAGCUCCCAAGCUUGCAAGCCGUGAGGCAGGCAGUGAUGCGUAGCAUCUUCCUCAUCGUGGCCUCGGCCGCAGCGCUCACGCCGACGACGCGGCGCGCCUGGACCCAGUCUCUCGCCGCCGGCACGGCGACGAUCGCGACCGCCGCGGCCGCCGAGGGCCCACCGGGCGGCUUCAAGGCCAAGCCCGUCGAGCAGCCGACGUCGAAGGUCAACAUCAACACGUCCCAGGCGCCGGCGUACAUGGACUGCCCGGGCAUGUGAUAUAUGCGGCGUGGCACCGACACCUUCGAUCAACAUGACACCUUCGACAUGACACAGGUACCCGACGAUCGCGUCCCGCAUCGUCGAGCACGUGCGCUACGAGGGCCGCUUCAAGAAGGUGAGCGACCUCUACGACGCGGAAGACAUCAUCCAGGGCAACGACAACAUCAAGGCCGCCAUCAAGCGCAACGAGGCGCGACUGGUGGUCAAUUAGCUGGUAAAAACACAAACAAACAC